AUGCAGUGCAGCAAGUCCUUAUGUAAUCUGAGCUGUCGGGAUUUAUUACUGCUUCUGGUGUGGGGAUGUUGGCAAUGUGUGACGCACGCUUCAGAGCACACUUCUGCCUGGGAGGGAAACGACCGGGCAGAUAAGGACUUUUCUGUUCGAGUACCGUCUUUGGAAAGCUGCAGGAGAUUCAGGCAGGCUUGUGUUUCUCUGUCCCAGGUUUUGUGGCAUAGUAUGGAUUUGACAUCAUCACAACAUAAUCAUCUACAAAAUCAACUGAUAAGAGAAUUGGAAAGACAAGAAGGGGAAAAAGAAGAUGAACAGAUAGUUGCAGAAAUCAUGAGAAGGCGUUUUUUUCCUGCUCUUAUAACUCAUAAGGCCUGGGAAGGCUUUCACUUUGCUGGCCAUGAGAUAAGAAUUACAGAAGCCACUGAUUGUUACGGAGCAGUCGUCUGGCCAUCGGCUCUUGUUCUGUGUUAUUUUUUGGAAACUCAUUCUAAACAAUACAAUUUGGUUGACAAAAAUGUGAUUGAAAUUGGAGCUGGAACUGGGCUGGUCUCCAUAGUAGCCAGUUUACUGGGUGCACUUGUGACUGCCACUGAUUUGCCAGAACUGCUGGGAAACCUUCAGCACAACGUUCUCCAAAAUACAAAGCUGAAAUGCAAGCACCAGCCUCGUGUUAAGGAAUUGUCUUGGGGAAUUGAUCUGGAGAAGAACUUUCCUAGGUCUUCCUGUCACUUCGACUACAUUAUGGCUGCUGAUGUAGUUUACCACCACCCCUUCUUGGAUGAACUCCUCCUAACUUUUGAUCACUUGUGCAAGAAUGACACUGUUAUUCUGUGGGCUAUGAAAUUUAGGUUGGACAAAGAGAACCAAUUUGUGCGCAGAUUUCAGACACUGUUUGACUUAGAGGUGAUUUCUAAUUUCCCCAGUUUGAACAUAACCUUGUAUAAGGCAAUGAGGAGCAGAAUGAAAGCCAGACCUUCCAAACUGAUGGUCUGA